AGCCAGGCUAGGAGUGAGGAUUUCUGCUCAGUGAUAAAACAUGAAACAAAUGUGAGGAACAGAAUGGAGCUCAAGAGAGGUAAAACAUUCAUAAAAUCCAGUGUGCAACAUGAGAAAGCACCAUCAGUGCAUACUAUUCCUAUGAACAAAGAUGAUACGGGAAAAGACAAAAAGACAACUCCAGAGGGAAACCAGAGUGAAGCUGAAGUCCAACAGGCAUGUUUGGCCACACACAAGACCCACAGGUUUUCCAGCAGAGCAGCAAGGAAUGGAGCUGGUGAAAACAGCUUGGAAAAAUCUGGCUCUUCCUACAAACUUGUAAGGAAGAGUAAAACCCAUGACUGUGUUACUGAGGCAGACAAAACAGAGCAGUGUAGCUCCAGCAACAGAGCUUGUGAAGAAGGUUUCUCUGGAAAGGGGAGGGGGCGACUUGUCAAUAGCAUCAGCUUUUCAGGGGUGUCCAGUUCCAGCAGUAAGAAGGAGUGUGUGGUCAGUCCCAGCCAGUCUGCAUGCAGCAGUCAGCAGAUGAUAGAUUACAGGAACUUUGUACCACAGAUGCCUUUUGUACCAGCUGUUGCAAAAACCAUUCCAAGGAAGAGGAUUUCCCUCAAGAGAUCUAAGAAGGGGCUCAGAGAUAUAUUUCACAUAAAAAAGAAUAAAUCAGACAGCCUCACGUUCUUGGCUGAGAAGGACAAGAAUCUACCCUCUAGAAGCUGCAAGAGUGAGCUGUCUGGGCACCUUGCGAAGUAUCUUUUCAAAACUGGAGAAACAUUUGCAGCUGAUUGCUUGUCACAAGACUGCUCAGAUAGCGAGCUGCAGUCUGACUCUUCCUAUGACUGCUGCAACACUCUGUGUGAAGAUGUUGCCUCACUAAAGAGCUUUGACUCCCUCACUGGCUGUGGGGAAAUCUUUGCUGAUGAGAGCUCUGCUCACCUAGAGCUGGAGAACAGCAAAGAAGUUCUGGUGAGACGAACCAAGCACAAAGACAGUCCCAUCAUGGGCUCUUUCCAAGGGGGUGUGGAGCAGCUGGCUUCUCCUGGCCAGAAUGAGACAGUUGAAUUUGCAAAGUUUUGGGACAGCAUCAACAAGUCAGUGAGGUUACAUCAGAGUGCUCUAUUUGAUAAGAAGUUACUGAAGAUACCCAGUCCUGAUGUGGAAAAGGCUAAAAGCCAGGCAUCUACAUCUGUGCCAGACCCCCAAGCAUCACCUGAUAGAGAUGGUGACAAUUCCAAAGAUAGCUCCAUAGAAACAGGAACACCAAAAAGUGACAACCAGGAAUCCACAUCCACAAGUGAUGAAGGCUACUAUGAUUCAUUCUCUCCUGGACAAGAUGAUGAAAUGAAGGAAGCUCAGACCCCUGCCAUCCCCAGUAAAUUUCCAAGAGACAGCUACAGUGGGGAUGCUCUUUAUGAGCUCUUCUAUGACCCAAACGAAGUGAAAAUAAACCCAGUCCUAGAGGAUGACUUGUGCACAUCUGAAAGUGUUUCAGAACAAGCCAUUGAAAUCCCUCUGUCCAUUUACAGCUUUCAUGCUGGAGCUGAGGAAAACAUGGCUUCCCAACCAGCUGUAGACAUUAUCAGCCAGGGUUUUUUCCACAGCACGUGGAAAGGCAAAGAAUGUUUGCUAAAGCUCUGUGAUACUGAACUUUCACUGACCAUGGGGAUAAUAAACUGGCUACGAAAACACUCAGGGCUUGUUUCCUCCCCAGACUCUCUUCACGGUCCUCAAUCACAGCCGGAAAAGUCUGAUGAUACAGUAAACUCUCCCAAUCCUAGUUCAGACCAGAAAGCAAGUACAGAAGCUCAGCAAGGAAAACAAAGCACAGAAGAACCUAAGACAUAUAAUCUUCAGGUGUCUUUGGAGGAAAGCAAAGAGGCAACCCCAGUCUCUUCAGUAAAUGCUGCUGAAAGAGACUACAGCCUAGACUUUUUCCUUAACACUUCUAAUUUGGAUAUCCAAGAAAGGGAAGAGAAUCACCACAAGGAUUCAUCUGCAAUUUGUGGGACUGUAGAAGCCACCAGAGCAUCAGGUUAUGCACCACAAUCACAGGCAAACAGAGAUAAUGUGCAGAUAUCAUUAGCUGAGAAUGAGAAGAUGACAGUUUCAAAAGAAUGUGAGACCUCCAGAGGAAAAGAAACAUCGUCAGAAAGUUUGAACAGGGAGACUGACUUCCAGAGCCCUGAAAACCCUUUACUAAAUGAUAACCAUGAAGCAGAAUCAUGUUAUUCCUAUAAGACUGCUGCAACCUCACCCCUGGAUCCCCUGGACAGAGAGGGCCAAAAUAAACCAAUGUAUCAUUCCCUGUCUAUAUCCCGUGACAAGCCACUGCAGCCUCUUACUCUGCGACACUUUCAGAGCUACAUCAGCCCCACUCCAAGGGAGAACAGCACUAAUAUAGUACAGCUCUUAGAGCGCUGUGUAACCCAAGUGGCAUCCUUGAAAAUCAACUAUGAGAACAAGCACCUGGAAGACAAAUGCAUUGGAAAUGAAAUGAACAAUAUCAUUUGUAAGAUGUCACAGUACCAAAACAAGUUAUUGUUGCAAAAUGAAUGCAGCUGUGAUGCCCAAAAAUCAGACUACUCCAGUCUCCCUUGCACAAACCAAUAUAAUUAUGAAACAAAUCUCAGAGCCAGUAGUAUGUAUCAUUUGAAGCAAAAUGGAGAGCAAAUUUGCUCUGAAGAUCAGAAAAGUAGAGCAAGAAUCCUAGAUGAUGUCACUAGAAGCAAGAUAAAUUUUGAAUAUGCCCAGUUAAAUAAUCAAGCUCUUUCCUAUCUAAAAGACUUCACACUUGAUCUCAGUCCAUGUGAUUCUGCCUCUACUACAGCUCUUAGCAGGCCAACAUUUUUACCUCUGUUUAAUUCUGUCUGUUCAAACAUACCGGCUAACUUUUCACAAGCUUCAUACAGCACCAACAUCUCUCUAGCUAAAUCCUUGCAGCCUAAGGAGGCCAAGCAAGGCAGCCCCGGGGUGUGGAGUUACGCAGAGACCCCCUGCAAAGGACUGGCCGGACGGAGUGCUCUGUCCCCUCAUCCAGAGCCAGCAGCCCCGGACACAGCAGUGGCAGGGAGGAACCAUCAAUAACAUGCUUGCGUUGAGAAGGUGCAACACUGAAGAAUCCACUUGUAGAUACGGAUGCUGCCUGCUCGUAUGUUACACAGCAUGACAUACCAUCAUGAGGUUACAUUGAUGCCAGACUCAACAAGGAUUUCCCUCUAGAACACCUGCCAGAGGUGUCACAGUGGAAAAUGAUGCUAGUCUGUCUAACUGACAAAUAGGGUUAAGAGUUCAUGACAACUUCACAUUCUUGAAACCCUGUUUGCAGAUUGGUCGUAACUAACUUUUUUUUUUUAAUCAUCAGUAAGAUUUUGAAGAAAGUUAUGCCAUGACAAGAAGGUUUAACAAAAGAGAUGGUGUAUUUCUGAUAGCUGAAAAUGCCACUGUAUUUUUAAAACACAAGUAUGUGCAGAAUAAGCACUCACUUGGACAGGUAAAAUUCUUUUCAAUUGUAUUAAUUUUUCUUGAAUUUUACAGAAAUGCUUUAUAUAUUUUAUUGCAACUGUUUAAACAUCUUAAAGCAAUAGGUUUAUCUAGAGUAUAGAUUGCAUUGGUAUGGCAAGAUUUA